CAAACUUUCUAUUGCGGAAACACGCACAUUAUUGCUCCCCUUUGGGUAUAAAUGUAUCACUAAUUAUUUUUCCUAAAAGGUCCUGGUUACGUGAAUGUGGCGCUACCUGAAUAUACUCUGAUGUUGUGGCGGCGUUAUUUUGAUGUCGGACUGACUUCCGCAUCCGGUUAGUGUUCGGCCCACACGUGACACAUGGCAGCGGACUCGGAAGAACGAGUACUGAUCGGAGUGUGUGAUGUGGAGUUGGACCGUCGCCGACACCACUCCUCCUUUCUUACCAACAAGGUCGGCGGGCCUCCGGACUGGUGCCCGGGUUUCGUGCCGGAGGUUCCCCUCUGCGGCCGGUGCGGAGCCUCGCUGGCUCAUGUGGUGCAGAUCUACUGCCCCCUGGCGGCGUCGCCCUACAACCGCACCCUGAACGUAUUCGCGUGCUUGGGCUCCGAGUGCAGCGGCUUGUCUGAGAGCUGGAGGGUCCUCAGAUCUCAGAGUCUGGAGGUCAAGGCGGCUCCUCAAACUCCAGAGCCGGUACCGGCGCAGUCGGCUACGGACUGGUGCGAGUCUGCCGAUGACUGGGGGAUGGAGGACGAUGAGUGGGGAGGAGCCGCCAAGGAGAGUCCGAAGCGGGAGCGACAGGAGGCAGAGGAAGGUUCAUCAGCCAUGGCGAAAGGUGGCCCGGCUGAGAUCAGCAACUCUCUCCAGGACCUGCACCUCUCUGAGGUCAGCGCCUCUGCUCCGGAGUUCAGGUCGUUCUUCAUCAGCGUGAUGGAGGAGAGCGACCUGGAUGGUGAUGAUGAGGAGCUGGACCACGCGCAGCAGCUGCUGAAGGAGUACGAGACCCGGGAAGGCGUCAUGGUGGGGGACCUGGUGGAGGAAGAUGGCGGAAGCUGUGCGGAAGAAAGCUACGAGAAGAUGAGCACCCGUCACGGGGACAUCGCCUUCUCCCGGUUCAUGAAGAGGAUCUCGCUGUGUCCGCAGCAGAUCCUCCGCUACUGCCGCGGCAGCGAGCCACUCUAUAUCGCGCCACCACCCCCGGGCUUGCCUCAGCUGCUGCCCUGCUGCAGCUCCUGUGGAGGGGCCAGAACAUUUGAGCUGCAGUUGAUGCCCACGCUGGUCAGUCUUCUGAAACGCUCGGACAGGAACAGUACAGAGGCGGCGCUUGAAUUUGGGACAGUUUUGGUUUACACCUGCAAGAGCAGCUGCUGGACAAGUGGCUCGACCAAGACAGUGGAGGAGUUCUGUCUGGUCCAGGCUGACCCGGACCAGCAGCUCUUUAAAUGACCAGCACUGGUCCUGAGCACAUCUUAAAAGUCCAACCAAAAAAGAUCUGCAGCAGGUGGUGAUUUAGAGGGAAAAACACAAGGCUCUGCUCGACAACGCUAAAGGAUUAAAAUACAACAAAGUCUCAGGCUCCUACUCCUACAGUAAGUGGGUCAUUAUCAACAAUCUUAGGACUUCGCCACAUUAUUUUGGAACAUUAGCCAAAUCUGUGCCUUAAAAAAACAAAAAAGAAAGGAAACAGCCGAGACUCUGCCAAGAAUAAAUUGUAUAUAUUUUUAAGCCUCAAACAUGAACCAAUAGAUGUAAACGGAGAACAGUCAAACAUGAAAACUACAUCAGGUGUUUUCAAGAGAAACAUCCAGAGAGAGUAUCAAAAAUAGAUCUCUACAUGAACCGGCCAAUAAAUAAACUUCAGCCCUUGUGUCGCCUCCAUCCGCUUCAGUCGGGAGAAUCCUUGGCUUCGUUAUUUAAUCCUGAGGAAUUUCAGAAGUGGAGGGUGGUGGUGAUAGGGGGGGAGAGAUAUUCACUCCAGGCACUCGACGGUCAGUUCCCUGCACUCUGAUAGUGACCAGUGUGGGACGCAGUUGUCUCUGCGCCGCAGAACGUCACCGCUGCGUCGCCGGCAAAUCGAUGAAACUGGAUCCGUAUGUCUCUGUCGAUGAUCUCGUUCACUGAAACAACAAAUCGAUCUAAUGAUUCACCACAAAAUACAUUGAGGAAGCACACGUCACAUUUAUCGACCAUUUGUUUUCAGAUUAUUCAUUGAUAUAAUCGGCCAUUCUGGGAUGACAAGGGUAUUCCUUUGAGCGCCAAAAAUAGGUUUAUAAAAAAUAUUUUUUUUUUGUUGGAGAACAUCACUAAAUUAAGCUCUCCAUUAAUCUUUCUACGCCUUUUUAAAAUCUUCAAAACUCAACUGCAGGACCACAACAGUCCAUAAGGUGGCGCAGCUGUGCAUGACGUCUUCGGGUUUAGUUAUCUGCGACACGUGUUACACCUCAAUGACUGAUGAUUUUUGCCACUAUAUGAGCGGAGAUUCCAGCUGAAGAGCGGCUCAAGUGUGAAAGUCACACUGGAUGGAGCGGGGAGUCAGAGGACAGAACAGCUGCAGCUCUCUGAUGGAGACGCCACCACAAAUUUAACCUUCGAUCCUGGACAACACACACGGUUAUUAUUACCGCAGAUCAGAGUAACACACACACACACAACAGCAGCUGCGCAACUCAAACACAAAGAUGAUUUGGGGUUGUAUAAGUUCACAGUUCAGUGUUAGUUUGCUCCACAAAUGUUUCUCCUGAACGUGUCACACUGAUCCCACACACUCUCACUGACAUCCGAUGACUUUCUGAGAUACAUUUUCUUAAGAGUAUUAGAACAUUUUUGGUUCGCACCAAUUUUGGUUCAAGUCACCAUAACUACACAUUGUUGAGUUGCUACACUCAGCUCAGAAUUAAAGUCACUGACCAUCAUCCAGUGUGAUCUCCUGGAGGCCCAGCGACGUCACGCCAGGCUGCUCUCCUGGCUCCUGCUUGAUGUUCAGCAUCUCCUCCGGCCUUGAGGACGGAUGCUCCUUCAGGGAAGGAGGCUGGUUUCUGCUUGAUCCUCCAGUGGAAGGGUGAAGCGGAGCGGAGGAGAGGUGAGGAUUGUUGGGGGAAGAGCGGGGAACAAGGGAGGCGGAGAGAGGCGGGAAGGAUGAAG